UUUGACACUUGAUCUUCAUAUGCACAUGAAAGAAACAUCUCAGCAAUCUUGCAGAUGCCUAUAUGUGGCUAGAACUAGAAGUUGUUCAAACUAGUGGUGAGUGCUACUCAUGGCAGUGACUCAAUUGUGCUCUUCUGCUUCCUUGUUUUACAUGUCCUGCUUCCCCAAAAAUGCGACUCUUUCUUCACCUAUCCAAUUUUCUCAACAAAGGGUUGUUAGUUUUAAUACAGUUAUAUGCUGUGCGAGCCCCAGGGAUACUAUUGAACAUUCUGGUAAUGGGUUUGGUGGUCUUCCUGAAAAACUGUACUCUCAUAGAGAAUCAGGUACUAGUAGUAGUACUAGUACUAGUAUUAAUAAAGUUGCACCUCCAAGGCCUCGCCGGAUCAUUUUGGUUCGGCAUGGGCAGAGUGAAGGAAAUGUGGAUGAGAGCGUCUACACUAGAGUUUCUGAUCCAAAGAUCCGAUUGACCGAGAAAGGUAUGGCUGAUGCUGAGGAAUGCGGGAAGAGGAUCAGGGAGAUGAUUGAAAAAGACAAAGUGCAUGAUUGGAAGGUCUACUUCUAUGUGUCUCCUUAUAGAAGAACAGUUGAAACACUCAAGGGGUUAGGGAAAGCAUUUGAGCGCUCAAGAAUUGCUGGCAUGAGAGAAGAACCUCGCCUAAGAGAGCAAGAUUUUGGGAAUUUUCAGGAUAGGGAGAAGAUGAGACUUGAUAAAGCUAUGCGUAUGCUUUACGGUCGAUUCUUUUACCGGUUUCCUAAUGGGGAAUCUGCAGCUGAUGUUUAUGAUAGGAUUACAGGAUUCAGAGAAACAUUGAAAUCGGAUAUUGAUGUGGGAAGGUUUCAGCCACCAGGGGAGAGAAAUUCAAACAUCAACUUGGUGAUAGUUUCGCAUGGCCUAACGCUGAGAGUGUUUCUGAUGAGAUGGUACAAGUGGACAGUGGAGCAGUUUGAUGGCCUCAACAACUUUGGUAAUGGAAGCAUGGUUGUUAUGGAAAGAGGCUACGGUGGAAGGUACAGCUUGUCAAUACACCACACAGAAGAAGAGCUAAGAGAGUUUGGAUUCUCGAACGAAAUGAUAGUUGAUCAGGAAUGGCAAAAAUAUGCAAGAAUUGGAGAGCUGAACUAUGAUUGUCCAACGCUAAACUCCUUCUUCACCCACUUUGGUGAAGAUGAUUGAUGAUGGUACGGUUGGGGAGAAGUACUAGUUAAACAAGAUCCAGAUCAAAAGAAGAUCGAAGAAGAACAUACAAUUGAAUGUAAUUCCUGCAAUUGCAUCGUAUUGAAAAAGGGCCUAGAAGUGUACUGAUUGUGUUUAUCUUGCACUUGCCCCCCUAUAGGGUACUUCAGAUUCUGUCUUUUAGGUGAGCAAACUUUUACAUUUUAAUAAAAAAUAAGACAGUAUCUAGAAACACUAUAAAACUCCACAGCAAGAAGCAAAAUUCAAGUUAUCAAUAAAGAUGAUCUACCAUUAAUUCAACUGAGCAAGGGAGGGAAGAAGCAUGCUGCUGUAAAGCGUGUGAAGUGCAAGAAGGAGCUAGCAGGAUGGAAUUGUCUUAGAAACUCUCUUUGCGGAGGAUAGGCUCAUAGACAGAAUAAGUGUCUCGAGUUUGAUUUGAUUAUUUUCGGGAUUAGAAUCAAGUAGUGGUCAUUCUGUUGCUGCUUUUAGGCAGAUCAUCAUGUUAUAUAUAUCCCUAAUGAGACAUAACUCAUACAACUAAUCACUUUUAUGCAUCGCUUAGUUACAACUUUA